AUGUUCGCUUUAUCGAUUUCGGACUCCAUUACUUUGGGCCUACGUAUCCCUCAAGGCUUGAUUUAGUGAGUCUAAAAACAUGUACAUUUUGUUCAAUUUUUUCUGAAAAAUCUCAAAAAGCUCACCAUGCUAACGUUCCCGAGCUCUGAUUGACAUAAAAUGUCCAAAUGCUCAAAAAGAAUUGCCUUUAUCACCAAUGUUCAUGAUAUUAUUCAAACCGUAUUCUCCGCCCUCAUUCUCUCGGCAUCACUAGAAAACCGAUUUCUAUUUUGCUGCAUGACGUGAUAAUACGGUGGCUAAACAACACAUUUAAAUUCAUAUGUCAUUAUACCAUUCAAUGUUCUCCUUUUAGAAAAGCAGUACUCGCAGAGUACACUGAAUGGGUGUGUCCAUCACAGUACUGAAGCAUUUUUAGGGGAUAGAUUUAGAAGAAGUUUUUUUCUUAACACGCACUGACCGUAAACAGUUAAAUACUACGUCACAAAACUUUAUGAUUCCAUUAACGUCGGCCUGUUUCUUCGGUUUUUCCUUGUUCAGACUAAUCGAUUUGCAAAUUUUGAACUUACAAAGAUUUAAAUUUCUCACCUAGACCCCCAUAGCACUGGAUGCACUAAAUAAACAUUAAGUGUGCUGUUCUACAGAUCAAUCCAUUUACCGUUAUUGUCAGCUAGUAAUAUUAGUAACUGAUUACGGUAACUCGCUUUAUUCCCAAAGGCAAAUGAGUUUGACGAUGACAUAGCUUUUGGUAUCCACUGUCGAAAUAGUCCUCAAACAUCCUUUGCCGUAUUAUGCCGUCAUACAAAGGACCUGCAACUGUUAACUCUUUGGAACCCAGUCUUAAAAAAGCCAGUAGAUAAGUGUGCAUGCGCCCAUGCAUGAAGUUGCCCACAUGUUUUGUCGUGCCUAAACUGUCUUUUUUCAAUGACAUUAAAAGCGAUACUGUCUUAUUUUCCUAACGACGUCAACAUCCGCAGCGUUAGACUCACAUGAUGGCGGGACAAGACCAUAUUGUAUCGCUCUGCGGUUGUGUGAUUUCAUUUUAAACUGCGUUUGGUUCCUCGAAUGAGCCUAACAUUCAAAAUGAUAUAGUUCUUUAUGAUGUUGUCCAUCUCCUCCGCCGUAAACUAAUGGCUACGAAGUCUUCCCGCCCUAUGCGCCAUGGCAUCUAGCAAAGCCCUUACCGUACACCGGCAUACCAGUGUUCGGUAGCACCAUCUCUGCCACGCGCGCAGAUGCCGAAUUACAGAAACUGAGACUCGUACUAGUUUAAUAAUUUUAAAGUAAGCUAAUCUUUUUCUGUUAUUUCGUCACAAAUUGUAGAACGAUACUUUCAAAAUAAAGGGCAUUCCUCUCUGUCUCCCCUUCUGCACUACGGCGGUUGUUUCUUUUCGCCUUUCUUCCUAAAAUACUCGUUUCGCACAUGUAUAGUUUAGGACCGGGGUUACGUACUCCGGGGAGCAAUUGAGCUAGUAAAAUAACCGACGAUAUUUGCGUGUACGAGCCAAUGGAAGAAACAAAAAGGCCUCGUGGCGCUAGUUAGGCAACAGUAGUCAAGAUGCUUUAAGGUAGUCAUCAGGAUAAAAAAACAAUGUAGUACCAUUUUGACGGUGCUUGCUUCGGAGCAUUAAAUUCGCUUAAUCUUAUCAGUAAAUGGUAAGACGAGUGUUCCAUGUUAAUUAGUGACACUAUGGAAGGUAGUGGUUUGUGGUAUCGGGAAGUUUUUAGGUGUCCAGCUCUUUUGUUCAACACAAAUGCUACCCGGAGUAAGUAGCCCUGGGCAAACCCCAUACCCUUACCCUUGUAGGCAGUUGCUGAAUUAGUUUUUCACCAACCAAGAACAUCUAAAGUCAUGAUUCUCACCCUUAAUGCAGGUGUAUCAUAUUGCUCUAUGUAGUCUGUCAGAAAGGCAUGCUCUCUUCUUGGUCUGGUUUGGCAGAAUUGCAAAAACACCUUUUUUAGUAAACACAGCUUUCCCUAAAGUGGAUGAUGCACGUUUUAUUUCCUGGUAGUAUUAACUAUUAGAACUCUAUAUUUAUCUAAUACUGUCUAACUCUCUGAAAUCAUCAUUGCAUCCUUUUCUCUUUUCGUAAGAAUGAGCCGAAUCCACUUUAAUUUUCUUUCCCAUUAAAAUGUAAUAUAUCACAAUAUGCAAUAAUUCGGGUUUAUUUCAUCCGUCUUUUGCGCUUUGUGCUGCAUAAAAUGAAAUUUAAUGAUUUUUUCUUGCUUUACAUAGUCGUUUUCAGUGAACUAACAAAUCGAUUUCUAUGUUUUAAUUUUGCUUUAGUAGAUAGAAACGUAUUUUCAAGGUAUUUAACUCUUAUUUGAAAUUCAGCCCUCAAAACCACCGAACAGUGUGGACAAAUGUAUUUGAAUGCCCUCCUAGUCUGGGUACAACUUAUUGAGUUAUUCACCUGGGAAUGCGAUGGAGGGAUAUGUUGUCUCGGCAAUCCCUAAUCAUACCAAACUUUUUAGUCUGCAUAUUUUACAUUCAUCGUCGAUAAAAUAUUAAGAUAAUGAAAGUUGCGCCAUAUGUUUUAGCUGCCGUAUUCAGGCUGCUUAUAAGAGAUAUGAUGAAACAAUGUCAUUUCAGGCUUAACAUGCAGGUAAUUUUUGGCGCCAGAAAAUUGUAUCUUUCACAGGAGAUUCAGCAUUUCAAGUGUUGUCACAUGCCUCAUCGUCAUUGUAUUCAUCCGCAACUGCAACUCACAAAAUGUUUACAGAUUAAAUUUCGAAUUGAGGCGCCAUCACUUAAUUAGUAAUGCUUUUGAAUACUUUAACAUGCUGAAAUCAAAUUACGAAAACAGACGGCGACUUCAACUGAUGAAUGCAGUGCUUGUUUAAAUAAACUGAAUUUUAGCCUGAAAAGUCCAUUGGAUAUCAUCUAUCUUGGGUUUCCAGGGUGCUUGUUAUUCGCCCAUUAGUCUUUGCGUAUGCAUCAGUUAGCUCUCGGACUUGUUCAAAUUAAAGUGGACUUCGCUCCCUGUAAACAAGUGGAAAACAGCCUUACUUUUGUCACAUUCUGCAUACCUCCCCAUACCUGGAAAGGUGUUCUAACCAUACUUCACGACUGAAAGUGCAUGCUCAGGUCAAAAUUCUAGAAUUUUUCCGCUUGAUGUGCAAGCUUACACUGUAAAAAUAAAAGCAAGAUGUGAUUACGUGGCCCCACCCUGAUGGACACAAUAAUGUCGGCCUCGACUUUAGGGGUUAGGAUUAGGGACUUCAGUUAGGAGUUGGGUAAGAGGUUAGAGAAAGGGUUUAGAAGUAGAGGUUAAGGUUAAGGGCAGGGUUAGGGGUUAGGUAAACCAUUUGCAAUCAAUCUAAGUGCAGCCGCGCAUUCCUAACAGCUUUUCUUCCACGCAAGUUCUUGACCGCGUCGCAAUGGGCUUUAUAGCAUCACCUCUAUUUCUAUCAAGAAGCGAUGCAAACUGUCGGCUUCUUAGUGCAAACUAAGAAUCUGUAAGAGUUCUGUCUUAGUCUAUUACAACUGUUUUUUAUGUCAACUUCAGAACAUUUGUGUAAAAUCGGGGUAAGACCUUGGUCGAUUUGUACAACUAAAUUUGGACUGCAAGGACAUCGAAAAGGAGACCGGUGUCGGAGAAAACGUAUUCUAAACUUGCAGUUUAUUUUCAUUUUGGGAAAAAGUUGACGAAGUUUGAUGAUACAUCGGUAAAUUCCUGGCAGGUCAAUAUGGUUUUAUAGGGCGAUGUGGAGCCACCUGAUAUUAAGUUGGUGGGUAAAUUGGGAAACGUGCAGGACAGGCGUAAAUGGUCAGCAAUACUCAUCACGACAUUUAUCAAAUUUAACAAUCCAUAGGCGCUACAAAGUCGUUACGGGCACCCUCAAUAAUUAGUCCAGCUAUAUUACACGAUGUUGUGUUAAAAGCAACAAAACCUUGUGAAAAAGUUGAUCAUAGUGAUCUGUUGGCCUGUCUUCUUUGGAGCAGAUUCAGAAAAAAAUUCUAGCAAAAAAUACGAGACAAAGCAAGCCCUCUUUCCCAAAAUUAUAAGAACGUUAGUCAGUUGGACUGCUUGGGUUGCUACGAAAACGACAACAUUCGUUACCAAGCGACUAAUGGGUAAUUUGAAGGCAAAUCCAUGUCGCUUUGCACAUUUAUCUAGCUGCUAAUGUGCACUUUUAUGCAGGUACCUUGCGCGCCAAUGUAGGAUACCUAGCUACUGAAUCUUGUUUUUUUAACUGCGGAAGACCCAGCUUCUGCUACUUGCAAAAAGCACAACGAAAUGAAGUGUUUUUUUAUUAAAAAGGUCGUCCUUGUUUUAUCGUCAAUGAAAGCGUUGUGGGCUCAGACCAAGACAUCAUUGAGUUUCUAUUUGAAGGAAUUUCAUUCAUCUUGAAGAAUGUUUGCUAAGUUCUUAAGGGCUGAAGAACAAUGACAAACCUGCAAGUACUUGUUUACAAGAGACUAUCUUCAUAGCAACUUGGAAGUGGAGGUCGAAACUGAAUAGGACUCUUUACCUUUCCCCAGCAAUAGGAAACCAACACAAUGUAGUUCGUUAACUGCAUUACACGACAUUCAUCGCUACAUUGUUACUUUUACAAAGAGUCCAGAUGACAUCCACUUAUGUAAAAUACUAAAAAGAUGAACGCCAAAAACAAUCUUAUAAAUAUCGCCUAAUUGCCUGACCAUAAAUCUGGACGUUUAUUGUCGAGCUUUUAAAGCAAUGAUUAAUUGACGUUUUGACAUUUCUGAAUAAUUAAUUUCACCGAAUCAGAAAAAAAUCGCCGACCUCGUCGGGUAUCCAACCCACGGCAGCAACAGCAAGUUUAGAGUACAGCCAAUACUAUUACCUCUGAGCUUCGAGGCCUGAACAAAAACCGGUAGUUUUAACCACCAUUAGGUCAAGUAGCCUGUCCAGUCUACUGCAACUCAUGGAAUCCACCAAAUCUUAUAUACUUAGCUGGCUACCCGAAGCAGAAUUUCCUAAGCCAUCAGUUUAGGAUUCACUAUAUGGCUACCCGGCAGAGGGUUCGGAGUCCGACAAGGGCGCCGCGUUUUUCACAAAUGCAUCACAUGAGUGAAAACAGUGAUUGUCAAUUACAACCACUAUCAGUCCCUUAGCAUUGUUUCUGUGAGAUAAGUAUCAUUAAGAUGUUAAAAUUUCUGUUCUUUGGAUACUGGCCAAUGAACCCUUUGAAAUAUUGCGUGAAGAUUCCGGUGCGUGAGCUUAAGCUCCAUAGCUUGAAUAUUCCCUAGAAAUUGAUGUACCCGAAAUAAACCAUCAGAUUCACUUACGAUAGCCUGCCUACUUUUGACAAUAUGUCGCUCAAGCCAGCACUAAUAGUUUAUUUCAAGAAUAGGUAAUUGCAUGCCUUAUGCUGUUUCUCUAGUUUCUUUUCAUUAAGCAAUCAGACUUUCCUUAAUUUUUCAGGGCUUAUAUGAUUUAACCAUGCGUCUUGUUGGUAAAAGUUUUCUGGGUCCUCGGAUCUCCUUAAAUGAUUUUGCAAUAUAUUCGAGCGACUUCCUAUGCUAAUACCUGUUCUCGUCCUCAUUAGCCUAUCUUAGCGUAAUGUUCUUUAAAGGGGCAUUAGGAAGCACUUGCAAGUUUUACUAAACAGGGCAUGCCGCACUGGAACAUUGAUUUUUUAUCCGAUGUUUUUCGUGGGAAGAUGGUUGCAAAACCACACGGUAUUUCUAAAGAACUAGACGUUGCAUCGAUCUGUGAAGCUUUGAUAUGAAAAUCUGUGUGAUUUCAUGCCGUAAAGUUCAGUUAUACCGCGCACCCUCAGUUCUUAGUUGUAAUGGACCCAAAUUACUUAACCUCUUGGAAAAAAACACAGGUUGGCACAGAAACGACUAUCAUACGAAACCUUGCUUUUCCUACGGUCUAUUUUCUGAGCUUGCGUAAUUUGGACAUGGAACGAGCAAAAAGGUAACGUUUUUAGCAAUACACUAGUAUCUGUAUGGCCACACUGUCGUGCAUUCAUAACCAUAAACUGACAAUAAAAGUGUGCGGAGACCUAAAAUUGCCGCAAUAUAAAAGGAAAGCCAGGUUCUUCCGUUUGCGGUGGAACAAAUAUCUGUAUCUUUCAGCAGUUUGUAAAAAUCGGCCAGUAAUGUUAACUUCUCUUGCCUUUGCCGUAUAAACAUGUAAAGUAUACGAAAGCCCAUCAUUAAAACAGAGUAAUGAAGCACUCGCUGAAUAGGCAACUAUAAGAGCUUUUCAGAUGAUCUGAGGCAUAUUGCUUGUUGACUUUUGUGUUAGACAUUCAUUUUUUCAACAAUUAGGUAUCAGGUCUUGUUGAGACCAAUGACCAUUUACUAGAGAAAGAACGCGGAAAAACCCGCUCUUUCAUUAAAUGCCUUAAAGAUUUAUCUUUUUUUGUAAGAUUUACUAAACUUAUAAUAAGAAAAUUCUGCCUUUAUGGACAACUGUUUUUAAACACUGAUGACUGUGGAGUAUUCAGCAAUGUUUAAAGGCCGAUCUAAGACGCAAAGUAAGCUAGAACAAAGUUGAAGUGCAGAAGAAUCUAACAGGAGAAAAUACCUCUUUAUUUACGCGAAAUGUUAUACUUCCGAUUAUGUCGGUCAAUUCUAUUCAAAUUUAUUUAUCACUGAUCAGCCUACGAACAUGUGGCCUUGUGAACACUAUCAUCCUAUAGCGUCCCUAACGGGCACUUUAAAUGAGACCCUGUCUCUCAUAUGGAAUCGUAUCUUAAGCACUGUAAAAGCAAAAAAUACACAAAUUCUCAAGAAUUCUUUUUGAAUUUAUACUGAAAAUGUACGCUGUUAGCAAAGAGACCCGCCUGAAAUUUCACUUGUCCUAAAAAGAUGCUUUAAUUUUAACUUCUUUAAAAGCCUAUUGUCCGAUGCUUUUUUAUUUUUUCUGUUUUACUUUUACGCAUUCUUAUUCACGGGUGAGCUUUCUGCAGGUUUAAAAAUGACAUUUAGUCAAGUAUAAUUGUUAACUGGUGUUUUAAAAAGUCUAAAAUAAGCCUUGAUAUCUUUCCUUCUUUUUAGUUUCCCUUGGGUUGUUGUCUAUUAUUACAAACAUUGCUUUUAUGCAAUUUUGCCGGUUUGUGAGUGACUAGCAAUCAUUUCGACACCUUUCAUCAGUUAAGUCGUCGACUGCAUUUUAUGUUGAAAUUGUGUUUACUGAUCAGGGAUUGGGACCUGGCCGUAACGCUUUGACAUGAGACGCAACAUAAAAUCGCCGUUUGACUGAUGAAGAGCUUUGCAUGGACCCCAUAACCUUGCAAGUCAACGCACUUCCACCAUAACUUAAUAUUCCCGAUCUCAUUCGAAGAUUCAUCCGCCAGCAGCUCAAACAGUAGAAUCUUGGUGUCAGUAACGUUGCGGGUUCGAGGAUCAAGUGCGGCAAAACUGGGACUGAAUAGGGCUGGCUGACGAUAGUUUAUAUGCCGAAAACUGUCAUCCCAGCUUCCCUCGACUUCCCCAGAACACGCUUCGACUUAUACUCCCGAUCGCUACGUGGUUGUCAGCGAGAGUUUCAUGUUGAGCAAUAAGGUACGAGCGGAGAAGUAGGUCGCGUAACCCGAACGCUGAAAGCAAUGCCAACAUCAGCAGUCAGCUUGCAUAAAAAAUAAUAUCUUUUGAAAUGCUCGAUGCGGAUUUUCAGCGUUUUCAAUUGUCUUACAUAGCCGGAUUUUCUCCUGCACCCCAAAACUCGCUGAAAAAACUAGCUCGUCGGCGAAGAAGCUCGAUAUUUAAAGAAAAUAUACGUAUAAAGCCGAUAGUUCAAUUACUAAGAUGGAACUCGGUGGAGACGUUCGCGCGGGAGGACUGAUUUUUAACCUGGACACUCGAGUACAAAACACGGAAAUGGCACACCUUAGCCGUCUGGACUAGUCCACUGUGAGGCAAUUCCAUGAAAUAUCCCAAAGUUUCUGCUUAUAAAUAUUUGCUAUGAGUGCGCUGUGCUUUGGAAGAUAAACGUUGCUGUCGUUUUGGUCGGCAAAUCCCAGGUGAUUUCUCCAAAGAGUUGGAUUUAUUGCCAUUCGGUGUUUCGAUCAACGCGACCCGCGCGAUGUGACGGACAAAUUGCAUGAUUAUGUAUGCACGCCAUUAUUAAAACAAAGAUUUUACUCUCUGGGGAGAAGGGAAGUCAAAUGACAAGCGGAUCUUCUCUAGUCAGCGCAUCCUUUACCCACGACCUUUGGCGUUUGCUGCGAUUGCUGCUACCGACGCAAAAUAUAUGCAGUAGGUUAUUUAAAAGUGCAAAGGACAAUUUGGCGAGCAUACGUAAGCCUUCGAUAAAUUCUCAUCGGGCCUAUACAUUAACAUUGCUGUCUAAAUGAUUUAAAACUGCGGCCUGUUUAGCACACAGAAGAACAUACAGUAGGAAUUCAAGGUGAAGUUGAUGCGACUAUUUAAGCCGGUAUUCUUCAGUCUCGACAGAAUGUCUGAGGAUUACUUUUUAACAGACAACGGGCACCCAGUAGUAUGCAAAUGUCUUAUGGUUUGUCAUACUGAAAGUAAGGAGUUUUGCUGAUAUUCUGUUACAGUGUCGCCAGUAGCUAGCUGGCGGGUGUACAGAGUGAAAUCGAGUGAGAUCCUAACCACCACAGUGAGAGUCAAGCGCCCACUUGACAUAUGUUGGUCUUAAUAAACCUCUGAGAUCUGGAUCGCCACUGAACUCAGCGUCAUACGUUGGAAUUGAAGACCAAUGGAAAACAUGACAGUCUAGUAAAGCGCGGACAGGCUCUUGGUGGCCAAUGUGACGGAUUGACCUUUGUGUGCUUACAGUUUGUCAUGCUGAAGAACCAGUUGAACUGCGCAGUUGAAUCGAUUUUGUUAAACAGGCACGUUUAGGAGGCGUAGUUUAACAAUGUAGAGGCUUCUCUCCACCGCCCGUUUUUGUUAAACCAUGCUAUAAUAAGCUUCAUACUCCCAGCCUCACAACAUGCUUUUAAUGGUCUUAGCAAGAUGCAAAUCCUACUGCGGCUGAAGUAUUAUUCAAUCAUUGAAGCUUACCCACUCCCUUUUUACGCCACGUACUGACUCAGAGUCACGAAUUCGCGUUGUCAUUGACUAUGCAAUAGGUAAUCUUGUAUACGUGCCUACAAGUGGUAUUAUGCCACGCAGACAUAGUGAGACAUCGAUGCAUUUUGCUUCCCGAUAGGAUAUGUGACACCCACGUUCCAAGCUUUUGCACUUUUCUACAGAGAAUAAUUUGCUAAGGGGGCGCUAGUGCGAUUUUGCGCAAACACUGUUGACGAGCCAAACAUGUUUAUGAAAGUGAGUUUAGAUAAUGUUCAACGAUCGACCGGAGCUAGACAGCGCCGUUGGAUUUGAGCGAGCUUAUUUUGAAAGUGUCGGAAAAACGUUGAACGGUUCUUUUAGGCAUUAUGUCCUCUACGGACACAACACAAAUAUUGUUUGUCAUGUUACCAUUCCUGAAACCAGAACUGAAUCCGGAAAGCAGCGUCCAUGGAAUACUUUUAUUUUUGGAGUUCGACAAUUUGCUAUUUCACUCUAAUACUAGCAUAAUAAUAACUGUUCUGACAAUCACUUGUAGUUCAGUAGCAGAACAUGUAAAAGGGGGUCUUUUAAAUGUUUAUCACUUACCAAAACACAUCUUUAAACGCAGCAAAAAACAUCUGAAAAGUAAAAGCACACGCUCGAGAAGCAGCAGAAUCCCUACUUACAUAGUAAAGCUGCUUUUUCAGUAUUAUUGAAGUCCGGCCAAAAAUUACUAAUGCCCUUUACAUACUCAAAUCUUCAUCAUUCUCAAAUAGUACGUACGUAGAAAAAGCAGUUUAAACUGAGAAAAUAAUAAAUUGCAGAUUUUGACAUAUUUUCCGGGUUAACCCUUGCUCAAACAACUGAAAGCAUCUAACUUCCAUAAAUAGAAUACCUACUAGCGUAAAAUAUUUGCCGAGCACAGGCUCUUUUUAGCGAACUGCAAAACAUCGACUUGUUACUCAAAAUAUAUGCGAAAUGUGCAGCUGGGCCUAAAGGGCACCUUAAACUCUCUUGUAGAUCUUCAGAUUAAAACAAGUGGCUAUAUGCGUUCUGUCAUUGGAGGGUGCCGCAAGGCCGUUUACAAAGAAACAUGUGACAAUAUUGCAUGUUUUAGUAAAUGUAGUAAUAUGUAAAGCUUGUGAUAUGCAACGUGCACCUUUUUUUGCAACUGCGUAGAGCCCUCACGUAAACAGUAAGUAAGCCAGGGAUAUCAAUGAAAAUUCAGGGGACACUAGGGAUCGGAUGCCAGACCAAAGCAGACAGACAGCCAAAAAACAGCCAUUCCAACAUGCGCUGGUUCGCUGAUAAGUUCUCGCGAUAAAUGUUAGUAUUUUCGAGAAAUGCCCAGAGACUUUAGCCAGCGUUUAUCAUUUACUGGAGAUCGCUGAGCACUAUACGGCGAUCCUUUCGACAGUCAGUUUGUAGCUACAUUCCCAAUCAUUUUGGCAGAAUCAGUCGCAACGCACGCGUCUGUGCUAUAAUCGAGGACUGGCAGUUGCUUUAAUGUAGUCGCAUUAACAGUUUUAAAACCACACAUUAUGCAACACUGGUCCAAACACAUAUGAAACUUUUAUUAACCGCAAACAACAAUUGAAACUUGCAUGGCGAGCAAGUGCUCUAGGAAGGGCUGUUCUCCAGUCACUUUUCUCGAAUCCCUUUGCCAACUUUUUGCAUACUUCGAUACAUUUCAAAGACGCUUUUAUGAUACAUGUUUUUACUCUUUGGUAUUUAAGAUUUGGCGGUUCACUUUUCUUUAAUCCCUUCGUUAACCUUUUAAAUAUUUCCAUACAUUUCAAAGAAGCUUUUAUCAUACAUGUUUUUACUCUAUGGUAUUUAAAAUUUGGCGGUUCGUCCAAUCGUUUGCUAUUAACAACCUUAACUAUUACGACGAUCAUCUAUGACCAUGCAUAUCUCCGUUGACCCCGACAUUUCGAGCUAUAGUUUCAUAUUUACGGCAUGAAACCUCCACUUACGUUUCCGAACGAUAAAUAGAUAUGAUGAGCACAUAGAAGGAGAUAAAUUUUUUACACAACUCAAAAGCACAAGGAAGCGGGUGGUCAAACAUUGUUUGCCAAAAUAUUUCGUCCUUACGUGAAGCCAGGGAGAAAUCUGUCUAAUACUUUAAUGUGGUAGCCUUAAACUCCUAAGUUUGCGGCAUAAUAAACCGUUUUUCACUAUAACUGUAGAGCGUUCAUAGUAGGUAUUCCUGUAACCUUCGUGUUAAGAGGACUCGUUUCCAAUCAGAUUGAUGAUUAAGAUAAAUUAUUACUCGCGGUUACCCAUCCGAUGAAACAGUUGGCACAUCGAUUAAACCCCGUCUGUCAAACCUUAUUUAGUUAAAUUAUAUCGUCGCACCGGUCUACGAAUCUCUGUCUAUUUCGUGCUAGGUAUUAUAGCAACCAACAGACAAAGAAAAUGCUAGUGACUGCACAAAAGGAAAUCAAAGAUAUUGCUCUCUUAACUUGCUUAAUUUCCGCGGGAACAAAUGCGCUACUGCGGAAUGACCGCUUAAUAUUCACAAACCGCCAACAGACAGCCCGUAGUACACAAUUGCGUAAUUAUUUGCAAUACCCGUGUUGUCAGUAUGUUAAAUAAUAACAAAACUUUAUAAUGCUUCCUGUCAGCGCACACUUUAAUCUCACUCAAUCUCCUGGAAUAUUGGACUGAAUUAGAAAGGAUCCACACUCCCGAUUUAACAAUGGCGUUCUUGAUAAAAUACUCAAAGAAGAUUGUUUGGGGAUAGGAAUAAUUAUCCACGAAUUACAGGGGCUGUAAGAUGUGGUUAUGUAGCCACACCUGAUGAACACGAUACUGUUGGGGUUGUUGUUAGGGGUUAGAGUUAAAGUCUAGGGUAAAGGUUAGGGUUUAGGACAACUAUUUCUUAACCAAUCAACCUACAACCGCGCAUUCCCAAUAGCUUUUCUUUUGCACAUAACUACUCGACCUCGUCGUGUCUGCGUUCUCCGGCCCCAGCCGUAAAAACCCCUCUUACCACCGGUCCCAUAUUACGUGGGGGCUGGGGUUUGUUUACUUCAGGUAGAGCUACAUAACCACAUCUGACCUGGAUGAUCUUACGCUAAAUGCCGAGGAUGUCAGUGUUAGGUAGGUUGAGAUUGAGCCCCGGGGAUUUUGUGGUAGGGUGCGGACAAAAUAUGAUACGGGAAUAGGUAAUCCCUGGAAAUUGGCGUAAGGCCACCUCUAGCGCGUGGAGACCCUUAUUCGGCCGUUUAACGUGGUGGUUUUACAAAAAGAUUGACUUAAUAUAAUGUUCUGAAUAAAGCCUACAUAAUUUUACGAAUUAAACAAUUCCGAAGGCAAUUUGGCAAGCAUACGUCUGCUUUCGAUGUAUUCUCUUAAGGCCUGUACAUGUAUAUGGCUAUUUAGUUAAUGAAUUAGAGGAUACGGGCAAGUAGAUAAUUAAGCUAUAGCUCGGGUUUGGAGAGAGUAGGAGAAGGGGACAGUGAAAAACCGCAAUUCCAGUUAACGCAAGGGAAAAAGUGGGUUCCAGUGAAGGUAAUUACAUGCGGGUAGCUGGCUUGGUGGUGUUGACCCAUGCCAACUGUGGGACCUGUAUGAAGUUAUUUUGUGCGCAUAGGACCGGCCCGCGUAGACUGAUUGCAGCCGCCUCUGCUGUAGCCAACAAGCGCUGCCCAAGCAGUUUUGGAUAGCUUGAUGGGACCUUGUAAAUCACUCUAAAGGCCUCUCCGGCGUCUACACGGUAGUCUGUGUCUACCAUGUGCCCGACGAUAGAGCUGUUGAUGUUCUUUAUUCGACCGUUUCCUAACCAUGCUGGAAGAUGUUCUUUUAUUUUUUUUGAAUAGACGCCUGCUCGUUCGACCAAUAUAUUCUACCCCACAAGAGCAGGUAAAGAAGUACGUACACAAAGAGGUGGUCUGAGCGGGUUGUUUGUCCUUGUCAUCUCCGUAUAGGAUGGGACUAGUGGAGAACAGUACACGGGUGGCAGCUUCUGGAAAGACAUGUGAUACAGCUUCAGUUAGGCGGCUCCUUAAACGAUUACCGCUAUUUAACAACCUUCCGUUGUGUCUGCUCUUGCAAAAACUAAAUUCCUUUACGUCUGGCAUUCUUCUCUCUUCGCCCAGCUACCGUGGCAAUUCGGUAACACAAAAGAUGAUCGCCAUCUACGCCUACAUCUACGCAACCUACGUGGAGGUCCCCAUCACCAAUAUGUCUGAGAACAUGAGCGCCUGGCUCACUGUCUGUCUGGCUAUUGAGCGUUUUGUGGCAAUGAAGCACUGGAAUCUCUCCAAGCAGUACUGCCACCGGCAAAACGCCAGGAGACUCGUCUUGGUUAUAACCGCCAUCUCCGUCGUCCUCAACCUGCCCUACUUCAUGAUUCAUCAACUGCAGGUGCAAAAGAAGAGCAAUGGCGCCGUGCGCAUUGUCUCCAGCACAACGCGUUUUGGUGACUCCAGUUUUUACACAGUCUACUCUUGGCUGCGGAUAUUUCUUGUACAGAUAAUCCCCCUCUUCUUCCUCUGUCAUUCCAACAUUCUCCUCCUCAUCCUGGUUUAUGAGCACAACAGUCGUUUCAGGUCACAGGGCCUGAAAAUGGACAAUCGCCUGAGCCCGGCGGUCGUUAAGUCGGAGAGUUUUGACAUCACACCCGACCACGAGACACAGGCGGCCAAUGUGGCCACUCUACUCCCCGGCAGUCGAAACAGCCUCGAGCCCUGCGCCCCACUGCUGGAGAAGCAAGAGGCUGGACCCUUCACAAGCAGAAAGUCUACUGAUAUGGUGUCUCCCGGAGGUCGCCACAAAUGGAUACACUCAAACCCUAAGCUCCCCAGGGGUGUGGCAACUCAGAGUCACCAGCGGCAGCAAAAUCAGAAGAAGAAGGCCGCCCAACAAAAACUCACCAUCCUCCUCAUCGCUGUGAUUUUAUUAUUCCUUUUCGGGGAGAUCCCACAGGCGCUGUCAUACCAGCGAAUUUUUCAAGUUUUUGGCUUAUGUACCGCCGCAUUUCAUUACUGUCCAACGUACAUCAUUUACCGUAUGGUAACAACUAACCUCGCCCUGACAGCCUACGGACUGAAGUUUUUUGUUUACGUCUUUCUAAACAAGCACUUUCACAAGGAAUUAAAGACUUGCUGUUGA